AUGGCACUGGUGGCAGCCUUCGCCGUGAGCGCGUACGCGGCGUCCCCGCAUCGCGCCGCCUCCAAGCCGUUCAACCCGCUGCUAGGCGAGACCUACGAGUGCGUGCGCGAGGACCGCGGCUUCCACUUCGUGGAGGAGCAGGUCGGUACGGUGCCGGUGCAACAAUGUACUCCACACCGAACGCAUGGCACUGGUGGCAGCAUUCGCCGUGAGCGCGUACGCGGCGUCCGCGCACCGCGCCGCCUUCAAGCCGUUCAACCCGCUGCUAGGCGAGACCUACGAGUGCGUGCGCGAGGACCGCGGCUUCCACUUCGUGGCGGAGCAGGUCGGUACGGUGCUGAUGCAACAAUGUACUCCACACCGAACGCAUGGCACUGGUGGCAGCCUUCGCCGUGA